CAGUUCAGAAUUACAGUUUAUCUUCGUCACUCCGUGUCAGUAUUGUGCUUAUUAACAUCACAUAUAUAUGCACACUCAGCGGCUUCUUCUUGUUCGGCAAUGGAGGGAAGGUGCGCUGUUGAGACCUGGACAGAGUUUGGGUUUUUAGGAACAUCAACUACACCGAAAGUCAGGUUUGGAACAGAUGUGUUCAUUUGCACUGGCAACGACGAGGUUUAUGUCUUUAGUACUCAUGAGAGAAAACUCAAGGCUGUUCUGCAGUUACCUGGUCCAGUGACUGACCUGGUGGAGAGCCAUGACAAGCAGCUCCUCUAUGUGGCAUGUAGCGCUGGAGUUUAUUGUGUCAAUUUACAAUCUGUGCUACACAGGGCUCUAAGCUCCUCACCUGAUUCAUCUUCCAUUCCCGCUGAGCUGAAAAUCUCUGAAUUUCUUGUUAUUGAAGCAGAUGGAGUGUCGUCUCUGCUCCUUGUUGGCACGGUGCUCCUGACCCUCAGCCAGAGAGACUCCUCCUGGCUGAUGACUUUGUAUAAAACACCAGAACAAACGCAGUCCAGCAGCUAUGAGGUGCUCGGUUCAUUUAGUCUGCCUCUGGUCUCAGCUGUUGUUCAAGCUGACACUGAGUCAAAGACGUCUGUGUUGAUUUGUCUCCAUUGUGGUGAUACGGCACCAUUAACUUUACCUCAUGGCCACUUCUGCCUCGAGCCCGUCCUCUUCAAACUUCUGUUCGGGGUCGAAGCUGCUCUCGCCAAAUCACCGGUUAUCCUCUGCGGCCUGCCAGAUGGACGCCUGUGUUUCCUCCCUCUGCGUCUUCCAGGAGCACGGCUUCGAGUUCUCCACAGCAUUGAGCAGCCAGUUGUGUUCGUUGGGGCAUCUGUCGUCACGGAAACAGGACCAGGACACUCGCAGUGUUUGGUGGCAAUGGGUGAACAGGGCAGAGUGGUCCUGAUCAAGACUGAGAAGGGAAGAUCAGAGGACGGGAGCAGCCUGGCUGGUUUCACUGAGGGGAUAGUAUCGGGGCCUGUGCAGUGUGGCUGCCUGGAUAGAAACUGUCUUUACUACAGUACAGGUUCAGAUCUGCUGCUACUGGAUCUGUCAGAGGGAUCAUCUGGGAAAGAAAGCAAAGAAAGGGUUGAAGAGACGUCCAGGAAGACCCUCCAGAGUCCCACCAGUUUAAAUGUGAGCAGAGUCGUCGCCUUGGCUGAGCCGACGUCCAACACUUCAGGUGAAGUGCAGCUGCUGGGACUGUCUGUCAGAGGGCAGCUCCAGAGGAUCAGUUUACCUGCGAGGAGAAAAGAUGCAGGAUUGUCCAAGCUGCCUUCUGCACAGGUGGGCCGAAGCAUCAGAGACCUCCUGUCUGCUAUCGGAGAUGUCUGUGAAAGAGCAUCAGUGCUGAAAACAGCCAUCAAAUCCAAAAACCAGAUUCUGAGACACUUGAAUCAGGUCGUCAACAUCAGUUUCCUGCUGACAGCCACUAACAAUACUGAAGAUGAUCCUGCAAUUAAGGAGAAGCCAAUCAGAUGUCAUGCUAUCACUAGCUGGAGCAGAUUGCUUCAAAAAGACUGCUUGAAUCUUACAUGUGUCCUGGAUAAUUCCAGUCCUUUUGUCCUGGAACGAGGCUGGACUCUGAGCGUCACUGUGUUUCCUUUGUGCUGCUCUUCCACCGCAGGAGAAGAAAUUUCCUCUGCAAACUUUUCAUUCCCGUUCCAAAAUCUCAAUUCUGGGGAAACUUUAGAGGUGUCGCUGCCGAUAGCAGCUGCAGGAGACUCGUCUUUCCCGAUGACUGUGAACUGCUCGCUCAUCUUCUCCCUCUCAAGUCUUCUGGGAGAACAGGAGGCAGCGAGCAGUAAUAUCAGCUUGCCCUUGAACACGCUAACAGUGGACUGGUUGAAUGCUCUGCAGCUAAACAGUCCCACAGCCAGACAUAAAAUGGUCACAUUUCAACCCGGCAGCAUCACAACAGACCCCAUCCAAGCUUUUAUAAGCUCACGGCAGAUUAGGUGCAGUGGAAGAGCCGACAGAGGAGCAGAGAGUGGAUCAAGACCGGAGAAGUAUUCAGCGAGUGUGCGGGUGUCAUCCGAGUUACUGAAGGAUUCACUGGUGUUAAAAAACUCAAAUUUGGACCCCAAGGUGCCGAAGACAGGCCCUGAAAACACCUGCAUCGCUCUGAUUGAGUGGCUGUUGUCUGAAGGUCCAGGAGGAGUGAAGAUGAGACACCAAGGAGACGAGAUUUCCUUGAGCAGCUUGACUGUCCACGCUUGUGGUCCAAAUGGAGCCACAGUCAAACUGACUGCGAAAAAGAUGAACGUCGAGGAGGAGAACACGGAGAAGGAGGAGCGUCUGACAGCAGUAGAGGUUCAGGUUGAGAGCUCAUCCAUGACAGCAGUGUGUGGACUGCAUCAUGCUGUGCUGAGCCGGAUACAGAUUUUGCUGCAGAAAGCUCCAGAGAAAGCUACUUCCAAGAAGACGAUGCAGAUUUUAGGUUUGAGAGAGGCACUGCAGAGAGCAGAGGUUCAGCAAAAUCAAAUCUCAGGGGCUCUUGGCGUGGGCAUGACCGCAGGACAGAUGAACCCAGGUCUUCUCAGUGUUUACCAAGAGCUCAGACAAAAUCCUCUCCUCAUAAUUUAACACCUACACAGCUGCCUUCAGCUCCGGUUUCUGUUCAACAAUCUGACUUCUGUGCUGGUUCAAAAAUAAUGUCCAUUCAUGAUGCAUAAUAAUUGCUACUGCAAAGUUACACAUUGUAAUGAUAUUACAGUGAUAUUUCACUUGUGGUGUGACUUUGGAGCCGUUUGCUGAUGUGUAGGGUGAUUUCAUUAUUCACAUGAUGAUAAAUUUAAUGAAGAUUCACUAAUAUAACUCAUUGCUUUCCACCAUUACUGUACACAUUAAACAGCUCUAAUGAUAUGGCUCUCCCACAUCACAGUUUUCCACUCAUUUCCAAAUCAAUGCAUUGAACACAAGAUGAUGGAAAAUCUCAGGUGCAGUAAAUAUAUUUGCAGUUACAUUCCAAAAUGAAGAACUGUCUCUCAGGUUGGUGAUGGGUUCACAGCCUCUCCAUGUGUCAGACAUGUAGGUUCAAGAGUGACAUCGGAUCUGAUGGAACAUGGCGGCAGUGGUAGAUCUUCCGUGGGGGCAGGGGGGGACAGUAGCCCCCCCGUGUGCCCCACAAUUUUUGUUGGAAUUUACAUUACUGAUAGUCCGAUUUCCGACGGUCCUGAACGCAACUUCGUUGUCCGACUGUACCUGAAUGCACCAAUGAGUUUAGUUUGAUCUUUUGAUUGCAUUUCAUUUGGAUUUGAAGAAGCUUUGAAGACUUUUCCUGAUGCCAGAGAAGAUGAGCAGCUUUGUACCUUUGCGGUAAGAAGACUACGGCCGUUUCUUAGUAGGUAACUGUACUUGCGUUCUCACGUACUCGUGAAACGUCAUCAGGGAGACUGCAUCGGACCAGACUAGUGUGCAUAGAUAUGAAUCAGUAGAUGGAUAUACAUCUAUGGCUGCAGCUCCCAGUAGACAGAAGGAUCUUAUUAAAGGAAGUCGGAUACAGUCACACAGAGAUACAUUAGACCUCACACUGAAACGGAAUUACAGCAUUUUAAAAGCUACAUGUGUGACAGUAAUCCGUGCCAGAGCAGACCUCAUUAGCACUUUCGCUAGGUUGGCUAACUUCCGGUCACUCCAUGGAUGCUGCUGUUGGUAAUGUCGCCAGAAUGUGGAUUAAUUUUUCAUUUUGGGCUUGACAAAGAUGAGAAAAAAAUAUUCAGAGCAAGUGGAGCAGCGAGCUAACAGUUAUUACAGUUUAAUUUAUAUUUUCAAAAUCACAUUUUUGAAAUUGUAAUUUUUACGUAAAACAAAUCACAGCUUUUAUUUUGUCAGAGAACCCUGGAAACGUUUGUCCGUAAUUCUGCUAACUUGACUGAACGUGAGCUGCAGUUCCCGUUAUUUAAGCAUCAAUAUGAUGUAUAUAUGUAGAUGGACUUCAUAUAUUUAACUAUGCAGAGAUUUUUAUUGAUUUCCAGUAUAUUUUAUAGACAUAAACAUAUUUGAUAGAAAUAUUAGAAAUGGAUAUUUGUUUCCUCAUAAUAACUGAGUUAAUGCCAUUAAAUGUUCAUCAGUGAUUAAAGGAGAACUUCGGGUUUUUUCAACCUGGGGUCUGUUUCCAUAUGUAAUUUCAUACAUGUGAGUGAUGGAGAAAUGCAUUUUCGACAUAGCUCCAGUAUUUAGGCAAGCAGGCAGCUUAGCAGCUCGGUUAGCGAAAAGUAUGGGGCAGCUAAAAACAGAAUUCUGCCUUUAAUUCAUAUCUGGAGAGUCAGAGAACAUUGAACAUUGAACUGUAUGAAUACCUUAAAUUUCCAGGAGUUUGAUAAAUAUCUUUGCCUCAUUAACAUUUUAAACAGGAGUUAUAUGUAAUGCAAAGUUGUCUGUUAUCAUUAAAGUUUAAAACAAGUGAAUUUU